GGACGAGUGCUCUCGUACCCUGUCGAGUGCUCUCGACGACCGGCGCUGUCCGUGACAAAGAGUGCUCUCUUCGUCGCUUACCUCGCGAUACCGUCGACUUCGAUCGCGCGACAAUCUCCCGGUGAUCUGCGACCGAGAGCCUUUAGGCUCAAUCCAUUGUACGCAUCGCGUCCGUACUUAUUAUUUGUAUAUACCGCGCCUCAGUAAGACUGGCUCGUGCCCGCUUGUGACGCCAGGGACAGCAUCUCUCCAGCGCCUAGUCCUCAGAAUAAGUCGCGAAGCAUGCCGGCCCUUAGUCCUUUUCAGGAUGGGCCGCUGAGCGUGCGCAUCCUCGGCACCAGACAUCACGUCCUGGCACUUGCGUUAUCUCAUAUCUGGACCAGAUUAGGAGUAGCCGAUUCCGUUAGCUGAUUUCGUUUCUUUCGUUACGGGUCGAUCCCGUCUCCUCCAAUUGUAUUCGCGAGUCCUAUGUAUUGGCCGAUUCUGUUGUAGUAUAUAUUCAUGCAAAUAAAUCAUUGUUAUUUGUUGGCCAAAUCGAGUGUGUAAUUUGCGAGCUUGAGUUGAUUCUCUGCCUUCUCCCGAAUUUUGGAACCGACGAGCCGAUCCGUGGCGUCGAGGAAGGUAGAUCGUUACAUCGUUGUUCUUAGUCCUACAGCCUCUGUUGCACUAUUUAUGAUGUUUUCUUUAACUCUUUUCCAUGCUAUCUCAAUGUCGUCUUCCUCCGUAAUUUUAUUGAGGGCAAUUUUUUCCUUCAGUCUUCUUACAUAAAGUUCAAGUCCUUUCCUGUUUCAGGGAUUCCACAUUAAACCUAGAAACGUAGUUAGGCUUCUUCUUUCUUAAUUGUAUUUAUCCUACACGAUACUUGCACAGUACUAGCCUGUGUUGUGUACCGGCAUUUGCGGAGGUUAACGUCCGCAGUCCAAUAUCUGUUUAAGGUGUACGUUCCUGUUGUAAUUACAUAAUCGAUCGUUGACUUCUGUCCCCUGGUGUUUGCAAAUGUGUGUUUGUGCUGGACUUUGUGGUCAAAGUAUGUGUUGUUAAUCCUUAGUUCGUUAUGGGCGCAGUGAUAUCAGCAUGUUCCCAUUUUUGUUCAGCAUUUCUUUGUUGAAUUUAUGCAUUACUCCCGAGAUACUGUUGUUAUCGAUCUUUGAGUUAAAAUCGCCCAUCACGAAUACUCUAUUUUUCGUAGGUAUAAGGUCCAGUGUUUCUUGUAGAGUAUCGAAAAAUCUUUCUGUCUCCUCUUUGGGUCUGGCGCGUAAAUACUCACGAAAUGGGUUCUUUCUUUUCCCAACUGUGCUGUUAUGUACAUUAUGUUGUGAUUGAUGUAUUUCAUUUCAAUGUUUCCGAAGUGGAUCAGUAUGCCUACUCUUGUCUGUGCUCUGGUAUGCUUGUCAACCACGCUGUAGAACAGGAUGUGAUUUUGGUAUCUUAUGUUGCCUCUGCCCUUUUUCUUAGUUUCUGAGAGCAGAUGUCUACUCUAUGUUUUUCCAUUUCCAUGAUGACUUCCUGGUCUUUGUUGUUCCAGAACGUGACAUUCCAACAUCCAAAUCUGGUUAUGUUCCUUUUCCAUUUUCGUUUUUUCCGUUUUCUUGCCAUGUCAUUAGCCUGUAAUGUCCGUCCAGUAUCCGAGGCUAAUGCGGUGGUUCUGUGAGCGUUAUCCUUUUUACGGUGAGUAGGCUGCUAAACCUUGCCCACCAAUCUCCUUCUUUAUCCGGGCUUGGGACUGGCCUUAACGUUCGCCGAGCUGCUCCGCCCAGUUCUCGUUGAGGGCGAAGUUUUGCACGAAUAUCUUUAAUAUUGCUCAUGUACGUGAGGAAAUAAACUUAUCCCCGCUCCGGAGGGGCUCUAUCGCGGCCACUGCAUGCUUGCGCUAGCGUUUCCGGUCCGCGUACGAGCGAAAAGUAUCGCGGCUGUGUUUCUUUUUCCGAAGAAGAGGGGAAAUGUGUAUAAAUAAAUUCUUCGAGACAGGGUAGAAAAAAUUAUUUCCGAGUUCUCCAACAUUUGAAGCAACGUGUAUUGCUAUGCAAAAAGCGCCAUCGUGUAUUAUUCGUGAAAAGUUAUGUCGCGAGUGUGCGAUUCUAAAAAUGUCGGGGCUUAAAAAUAUAUUACGCAAGUGCAUAAUUAUAGGAGCGAAUUCAUCCACGAUAAACAGUGAAUGAUAUUUAUCCUCAUUGUCGGAUGAAUCGUUGGAAAUUAAUUACGUGGUUUUCUGAUCUUUUGCGUGCGCCUGUUCGGACACUGUACUAGCAGCAAUUGUAUAAAUUAGGUUAUUUCAACGAUUUUGACGAAUUGCUACAUAUCGCGAGUGAGAUAGUGGAAAUGCGAGAGGCAUUUAACCAUGACGAGGAGGAUGCAGGAGGGCUUAUAAGCUUCCUGCUAGCGGUAAUCGUUUGACAGGUAAGCAAAAUGUUUUUAUUACUGACUAUAGUACAAUUGUAAUGUAACCGAAUAUAUGAAAUAAUGAUAAAAUUUUCAAAUUUAUCACAUAAUUUAUAGAUCGUAACACUCAAGUGAGUACAAGCGCACAAGAAGCUCCUGCUCAGGCACAGAAAUGUAAGACUGAAGAAGAGCUCGGAACGGAGUCUUGGUAGAGGCGAUGAUAGGCGAAAGAAAAAAAUACCGACCGAUGAACAUGUGACACAGGCUCAAAAUACCGAGGAAAGAAGCAAAGAAAUCGAGUCGAAAAAUCGCGCUUCUAAUCCUUCGCCGAUGACGGAGGAGGCUGAAGAGGAGGAAGAAGAGAUGCCGCUCCAAUGACAACAGCAACAGCACAACAAAUGCAAGAAGUGCAGAAAACAACGAGUGGUUAUUGAAUGGAUCAAAUGGACAUAAGGCACCUGUAUUAUGUUUUAAAUGUUCCGCUUUAGCCACGCCACCAGAAGAUCCACCUGCGAAACAGCUACACAUGACUUAUAAGAUUUUACAAACAGACACUAAACUCAUCAAUCUUCUGUUGCAAUCACAUGGUUUCGUAGAGGUGCCUGUGCAUGAUAUGGAUUUUAAUAUAUUAUGGAUGGGAAAUCAUCCUAAACCAGAUAUUUUGCGGAAUUUAAUGCCUUAUCAAAAAGUGAAUCAUUUUCCUAGAUCUUAUGAAAUCACCCGUAAAGAUCGUCUUUACAAAAACAUCGAAGCUAUGCAGAGGAGUAAAGGACUUCGAAAUUUCGAUUUUAUACCUCAGACUUUUCUACUGCCUACUGAAGCCAAAGAAUUGAUUUCAGCGCAUUUCAGAUAUAGAGGUCUAUGGAUUGUUAAGCCUAAAGCCAGUUCACGAGGCCGUGGUAUUUACAUUAUUAAUAAUCCUGAGAAGAUCUUGACGGAUGAAUCGGUUAUUGUGGCACAAUACAUAAAUAACCCGCUUUUAGUUGAUGGACACAAGUGCGAUUUGCGUCUCUAUGUAGCCGUAACAAGUUACAAUCCUCUAUUAAUUUAUUUGUAUGAGGAAGGUUUAGUGAGAUUUGCAGCUGUUAAAUAUGACGGCGGAAACCAAUACAUCUGGAAUCCUUGCAUGCAUCUUUGCAAUUAUAGUAUAAACAAAUUUCACGUGGAUUACGUAAAGAGUGAAGAUCCUGACGCCGAAAAUGUAGGACACAAGUGGACAUUGUCAGCAUUGCUAAGACAUCUGCGUUCAAUGGGUCAAGACACAGAAUCACUAAUGCAGCGAAUAGAAGAUAUUAUUAUAAAGUCAAUCCUUGCUACUGCAUCUGGAAUUGUCAGUGGUUUAAAGCAAUUCGUGAAACAUCCUGAUACAUGUUUUGAACUCUUUGGCUUUGAUAUACUAAUCGAUGAUACACUGAAGCCAUGGUUACUGGAAGUAAAUUUAACUCCUUCAUUGGGAUGCGAUUCACCAUUAGAUGUUAGACUUAAAUCAGCUUUAAUAGCAGAUUUGUUUACUCUUAUCGGCAUACCUGCUGUUGAUCCAAUUCUACGUUCUCAAAAUUUAAAUCGUGCUACCGUUAAUUCCAAUAAAAAGGUUAAUUAUAGAAGAGUACAGUCUGCAGAAAUAUUACCUCAGGAAAAAAAGAAACAUAUUAAUAGAAACAAAAAUAAAGGUCUAAGUUCAGAGCAACAACGAAUAGUAGCGUCUGCAAAAGCACAAUUUGAGAGAAGAGGUGGAUUUGUUAGAAUAUUUCCAAGUCCAAAAUCUUGGGAACUUUACUCGCAAUAUUUGGAUCCAAUUACAGGUAUACCAAUUAUAUCGGAUCCGCUUGGCCCAAGGAAAUUACCUCAACAUGAUAAUACAAAUCAUAAUCUAGUGUUACAUGAACAAUUAUUUCCUGUUGCUAACCGUAAUACAGGUUAUAUUAUUCCAGAGAUAACAUUAGACAGGUUAUCUAGAUAUGAACGAUACGAAAGAGCAUUGGUAAAAGGUCACAAACAAACUUUGGCUAGAAGAAAUAAUAAAGAAAAUUUGAGUACAGAUAUACACAAAUAUAAAAGCCAAGUAAUACAAUCAAUGCAAGAAGGCAACAAACUCAGUCCUGGUGAAGCGAGGAAAGCUUUUGGUUUAUAUUUAGGCUACAUAUUACGAAAAAUAUCACAGCCUAAUGCAGACCCGGCAUAUUGUGAUCUUAUUAUGAAAUUUCUCCAACAUUCGUCAUGCAAUUUGAGGACGCCAUUUCUAUUUACAUUACCAUGCAAUAAAUUGAGUAUGAAGGAUCGAGCUGCCAUUACCGCAAAACAACUUUCCGAUUUUCUGCAUCUAUAUAACAGAGAAACGGAUCUUUAUGAAGAUACAGUAGAUCGGCCUCGUACUGUUUCCAAUAAAGUCUUUCAGAAGUUUUUAGCCGCAGCAAGCGAACAAGAUCUCGAUGAUGUGCUAAUUCUGCAAACUCGCCUUUACAAAUGUACUCACAGUUUCUUAGGAAAAAGCGGUUUUGUUGGUACUCUAAAGGGCGCUAAUCUUCUUGGAUCUCUACCUCAUAUUACAUCUCGAAUAUAUUCCAAUGUUGCUGCAACAGGGCAGUGUAGAUGUAACAAUUCAAUUAAUAGAUAAUUAUUAUAUUGUAGAAUUUAUUACAUUUUGUGUAAAAGAAAAAAGAAGAUAGAAAGAAGCAAAAAAAGAAAUGAAAUAAAAGAAAAGAGAAAAGAAGAAAAAAAAAGCUAAAAAAGGAGAAGAAAAAAAGCGAGUGACACACAUAAAUACAUAUAUUUAAUUAUAUAAUAGUAAUUAUAAUUCCUAGUCUGUUAGAGUAACAUAUGUUCUUUAAGG